AUGAUCAGAUGUUUCCCAAUCCGUAAGCCCUUUUCUGGAGACAAACAUGCCAGUCUCAGGUCCUUUCUUAACACAGUUGUAUCUUCCUAUAGUGCAGUUUUAGCCUCCUACUUCCUGAACGAGCACCUAAACAUCCAUGGGAAGAUCGGCUGUAUCCUUAGCAUUUUAGGCUCCACUGUGAUGGUCAUCCAUGCCCCACAGGAGGAAGAGGUCUCCAGCCUGGAGUCAAUGGUGGAGAAACUAAAGGAUCCAGGUAUUAACUGCCCCUCUUCAUUUACCUAUUGUACGCCAACAGAAUACCAUUUUGGGGGAGGGGGACUUAACAGAAAUUGAGUGUUUUUCUUAAUUUCAUUGAAUGAAAACUCAUGUUGAUAAUCAGUAACCUGUGAGUGAAUAAUUUUUAUAGCACCUAUUUUAUUCUCUUUAUUCCCCCACUGAUGACAUUUAGUUGGCUUUGAACCAUAACAGUGAGAUAAGAAUUCUAAAGCACACUGUGCUCUGAAAAACUGUACAAGCAACUGAAGGAGGAAGGUCUUAGUUCUAGUCAAACCCAGUGCAAAAAAAAAUAUAAGCUGGGGGCUUUGUGUCUUAUCCUUUGAGCCACUGUCUAAGCUCUGCUGCUUAUACUUUUUCCUCUAUGUAUUUUACUCACCAGAUUCUACUAACUGAAUCUAGCUUGUGCACUCAUUGAUCUGAACAAAACUGUCUACAUCCUGCAGAAGUAAGCUACACCUAAAAGAUUCAGAUUGUCCUUAACAAUUUCUCCUCUAUCCUCCUCCACAGGAUUUAUAGCGUUUGCUGUGUGCAUGCUGAUGAGUUCAGCUCUUCUCAUCUUUGUGGCUGGGCCUCGCUAUGGACAAUACAAUGUCUUAGUGUAUGUUUUGAUCUGCUCUGCCAUUGGUUCGCUCUCUGUCUCAUCUGCAAAAGGCUUGGGUAUUGCCCUGAAAGAACUGUUUGCUGGGAAGCCUGUCUGGAAGGAACCAUUGAGCUAUUUGCUUUUUAUUUGCCUUGUGAUCUCCAUCAGCAUCCAGAUCAACUACCUGAACAAGGCCUUGGAUAUCUUCAACACAUCUGUAGUCACCCCCAUCUAUUACGUCCUCUUCACCACAGCAGUUAUGACUUGCUCUGUCAUUCUGUUCAAGGAGUGGCAGCAUCUGGUUCUGAUGCACAUCAUUGGCACCAUCAAUGGCUUCCUCACCACUGACCUUGGCAUCUUCCUACUGCAUGCUUUCAGAGACAUCCCCUUCACUGCCGACCUGCUGCCUCUUAUCCUGAACGAUAACCAAACAAAUGUGCAAGCAGCUUCUUGGAGAAAGGGGGGCAAGCAUCAGUCCUGUCUUCACCAGCCCCUUUUGGAUUCUGAGGAUACCCACAAAGAGGGGACAAAGAAAGCAGAGGAGCAAUAUGGCCAAAGUUUAUGA